UGUUGUCCAAUAGAGUCUGAGCUCAACAGAUUGAGUGACCUUCGAUCGUUAUCACCUUACUGUGGACUCGCUUCCUUUUAAAGCGCGCGAACCUGCCAGCCACUCGCGUUACCUUCUCCCCACUCCUACCACGUCACAUAAUUAAAUCAGUGCGGCAGUGCCCCUCUUGCCAGUACUUGCCCUCAUUUCCCGCCGACCCUUUGACCUGCUUCACAACUUGGAAGCACACGACUUCUCGGACACCGCACAUCCACCCUUCUUCUUUCUAGCAGACAAACCAACACAAUACCGCCAAGAUGAACAUCGGCAAGAGAUUCGACCGCAUGAAGCAAUGGACCGACGAGCGAAUGGGCAAAGAGAUCAAGACUGCCGCUUCGGACGAGUUCAAGGCGCUCGAGCUGGAGAUGCAAUUGAGACAUGAAGGUAUGGAGCGUCUCCAAAGGAGUAUGACGACGUACGUCAAGUCUCUGUCCAAGACCAAGGAGGCAGAAGACAAGGAAAAGACGCUGCCUAUCGCCUACCUCGGAGCCACCAUGGCCAGCCACGGAGACGACUUUGAGCCCGACUCGGAGUUUGGACAAUGCCUCUCGACCCUUGGUAGAGCCAACGAGAGGAUUGCUCGCAUGCAAGAGAGCUACGUCUCGAAUGCCACCAACAGCUGGCUGGAGUCAGUCGAGAGAUCAUUGGCUCAGAUGAAGGAAUAUCAGACUGCCCGCAAGAGACUCGAAACUCGCCGUCUCGCCUACGAUACAUCCAUGAACAAGUUACAAAAGGCAAAGAAGGACGAUUUCACCUUGGAAGAGUCGGCACGGUCACAAAAGGCGAAAUAUGACGAGUCGAGCGACGACGUACAACGCAGAAUGCUGGAUAUCAAGGAGGCCGAAGUUGACAGCAUCAAUGACCUUUCCACCUUCUUGGAUGCUGAAUUGGCAUACUACGACAGAGCACGAGAGAUUCUCAUGCAGUGCAAGAAGGACUGGCCAGCUACUUCUGCUGGUGCUGGCAGUGGACUGGCUAUCCCGGGAGGUCGCAGAGUGCCCAGAUCUCGCUCCAACACUGGCGCCUCUGCAUCUUUCCGUCAAAUCGACGAGGAUGGCCCAGUCACCGAUUUCCGCCCCCCAAUCCGCGCAAGAGCUCCGUCUGGUACAAACUCUCCUCGUCGUGAGUUGCCUGGCUUCGAUCUUCCUACCAGACCUUCCGCUCGUUUCGAAGGCCCUUCGAGCCUCAACUCCCGCGAUGCCUCUCCUGUCGCCAUGCCCCGCCUGUCCCGUGUACCCACGGAUUCAUCUCUCUCGCUGAGACAGGGCCUGCGCCCCUCCAAACGAAACGACAGCGCCAACUCGGACGUCUUUGGUGACCAGGACGACUAUGCCAUGGAUAACGACCGCUAUGCGGAUGAAAGAUCUGCUUCUCCUGCCUCUUACAACGCCCCACCUAGUUUCUCACGCUCUGCUAGUUGGUCUCAGCAAUCUCAGGACGGCGGAGCUAGGAAACUUGCCCCUCCACCACCACCUUCUAGAGCCAAGAAGCCCCCACCACCUCCACCGAUGAAGCGCAGUGCUUUGAGCUCGUCCGAUGUUCCGAGACAGUACUGAGUUUUCUCCGCAAUUUGGUCAUAGAACACGUUCUGAGCGUACG